UGACACCACUUCCGGUCCUCCCCCCCCCCCCAGUAAAGAUGGCGGACGAGGCGACCCGGCGCGUGGUGGCGGAGCUGCCGCUGCUGAGGACGAACGCGGGGCCCCGAGACCGGGAGCUGUGGGUGCAGCGGCUGAAGGAGGAAUACCAGGCGCUCAUCAAGUAUGUGGAAAACAACAAGAACGCUGACAACGACUGGUUCAGGUUGGAGUCUAACAAGGAAGGGACUAGGUGGUUCGGGAAGUGCUGGUACAUCCAUGACCUGCUCAAGUACGAGUUUGCCCUCGAGUUCGACAUUCCUGUCACAUACCCUUCCACCGCCCCUGAAAUCGCCAUUCCAGAGCUGGAUGGGAAAACCGCCAAGAUGUACAGGCUAUGGGAGGAGUCUCAGCUGUUGGUAAAUGCAGCCGCCUCUGGGGUGGAACAUGGCAGGUGUUGCUCAAAGCACAGGAAAGCAGCCCCUUGAUGCAGGACAGGAAGUGGAGGAGAUGCCAUGUCUGAGUGGAACCCCGGGCGUCCUGGUGAGGCAGAGGAAGCUUCCCUGUGUCGGGAUGGGGCCAGGCUUAUGAGAGCUGCAGCUCCGUUCUGGGGUUGAGUGGGCUUGACACCCCUAUGGCAGUGUCUCCUGUGGUCCCACGAUGCCAGGCUCUGGGUUCUGUCGCCCCUCCAUGUCUCCCGUGGUCCCACGGGGCCAGGCUCUGUCUCCCCUCCGCGUCUCCCGUGGUCCCACGGGGUCAGGCUCCGGGCUCUGUCUCCCCUCAGAGCCUCCCGUGGCCAGGGCUUCUCCCUCACAUCUCUUUUGUCUCUUGCAGGGGAGGGAAGAUCUGCCUGACUGACCACUUCAAGCCCCUGUGGGCCAGGAACGUGCCCAAGUUUGGGCUGGCCCAUCUCAUGGCCCUGGGG